AUGGCACAGAACUCUUCCCCGGGUUUAGCCCCAAUCAUCAGCAAGCCCACUGAGAACCCAGCUGGCACCCCAAAAAAUUCCGAAGACGAGGAGUUCGAGGUGACGUCACCCACAGAUGUGACCUUUCGACAAUCAAACUCAGGUGCGGCACCGUCUGGCACCUCCUUGUUCGGAGGUAGUGCAUUCGCCGAAACACAACAAGGAAGAUCCCUUUUCAGCCGGAGCCCUUUCCAGGAAAACACCGAGGAGGAAGAUCAGGACGAAGGGGAGCUGGCCCCUCUCCCCAUGCGAUCCGCACAACAAGGAUUUCCCAGCAACUACGCGCUGGGCCGACGGACUUCUACCGAAGAGCAGGUUUCUCGACUCAAGAGCGCCGUCAGCAGCAACUUCCUUUUCUCCCAUCUCGACGAUGAUCAAUUCACGACCGUUCUCAAUGCCUUAGUCGAAAAGCCUAUUCCUGCCAAGGAUAUCAAGGUUAUCUCUCAGGGUGAUGCCGGCGAUUACUUCUACAUUGUGGAGAACGGCAACUUCGACAUCUAUAUCCACUCUUCUGGUGCGGUGCAGCCUGGCCCCGAUGGAUUGGGCAACAAGGUCGCGUCGACUGGACCGGGUGGCUCCUUCGGUGAACUGGCUCUGAUGUACAACGCCCCACGUGCCGCGACAGUCAUUUCCACCGACUCAAAGAGCACCCUGUGGGCCUUGGAUCGCAUCACCUUCCGCCGCAUCCUCAUGGACUCAGCAUUCCAGCGCCGCCGCAUGUACGAGGCUUUCCUGGAGGAAGUCCCCCUACUGUCUUCUCUAAAGUCGUACGAGCGCUCAAAGAUUGCCGAUGCCCUGGACACGAUUAAGUACCCGGCCAAUUCCACCAUUAUCCAUGAAGGCGAUCCUGGAGAUGCUUUUUAUUUGUUGGAGUCCGGUGAGGCCGAGGCUACCAAAAACGGAGUUUCUGGAGCUGUUAAGAACUACCAUCGGGGUGAUUACUUUGGCGAGCUUGCGCUACUGGAUGAUAAGCCUCGCCAGGCGAGUAUCACUACCAAGACGGAUGUCAAGGUAGCGCGGUUGGGUCGGGAUGGAUUCAAGCGGCUUCUUGGGCCCGUGGAGGAGAUGAUGAGACGGGCUGAAUAUGAAUUGGAUGCGAGCAAUUCUCCAGUUUCCAAAUGA